AUGCUCAAGCACGAACUCGGCAGGAAGUGGCGCGACAUUCCCUGGCAGGAGGUCCUUGAGAAGAACGUCCAUGCAGACAAGUACUUUAUGCGAAGUGGCUUGAUCCGAAAGGACUUGUUGCCGUUGUAUGCCGCCGAGCACAUGCCGCGGACCUUUGUCGUGUCGUCAAUGGAGGACGUCAAUCAGAUCAUCCAUUUCAUGGAGGAAGAGGACAAAUGCUCAGCGAACGACUUGUGGGUGUUGAAACUGAGCGACUCGAGCAAUGCGUUUGGUAUUCACUUCUUCCAUCGCACCGACGUCGCGUCCAUGGCGCCCAUCCUUGGCGACGGGCAAACCCGCGUCGUUCAAAAGUACGUUCAGUCGACACUCCUCGACGGCAAGAAGUUCCAUCUCCGAGUCCUCGUCCUCGCCGUGGGUCACUUGGACGUGUACGUGUACGAUCGAUGCCGCGUGCUGGUGGCGUCGGCGCCGUUCUCCGUCGAGGCAUUGGACAACUCCCUCGUCCACAUCACCAACAUGGGCAUCAACCAAGCACGCAAUGCGCAGUACGACGCCGCCGCGCAAAACCGGCUUUUGUCCGACGUCUUCCCCGCACAUAUUGUGGCCAACGUGAUGGACCAAGUCCAUCGCAUCUCCAGACACAUGUUUCGCGCUGUCGGGAGCAACCGACGCCACUUUUUCAGCGUGUCCAAUUGCUUUGAGCUGUUUGGCGUCGAUUUCAUGAUGGACGACCACUCGCGUGUGGUGAUGCUUGAAGUGAACCCAGAUCCGUCCCUAGCCAUGUUUCAUGACGGGGGGAUGUCGGGCCAGGACAGCUGCAUCCUUCCGCCCAAUGUGCUCGUGGACGGAGUGCCGCCGUCGUUUGUCCAAGUGUACUCUCGGGCUCAAGACAAUGCGUUUCGAAUGCUCAAGCAACCGCAGCGCUCGUCGAGUGUGUAUUCUGCCACAUGCAAAGAUCACACAGCAUAA